GCCAGCGCGGCCCAGCGCCCGCAAGGAGGCGCCAGGCACGGCGGUCCACCCGCCUCUGAUGGACCGGAUGCCAGCUACCUGCGGCUAGUUUGAUUUAACAGUGGGGUGUACUUGGUGAGAGCGAAUCUGAAUCAUUAAAGAGAAAAAAUGUGAAAGAUUAGGAGUGGGAGAGUGGAGGUCGGAGAAAAUAUGAGAAGACGGUGGAAGGGGGACAGAAAAGAGACAAAAGAAGCUGCAAAAAAAAAAAAAAAAACAAAAAACAGGAAGUUAUCUUCGGAGGUUAGAGGAAACGAGCUUCCUCAGUGGUCUUGGACUGAGGACUCGGGGCAGUGCUCAGAGGUGAAUGUACAUAGAUGCACACCAGGCCUCUUUUGUAGGUUACUGUCCUAAAACUGAUGGGAAGAAUGUUGCCGGCAUCUCAGACUAAAUGUCUUCUUUUGCUGAUACUGGAGCUUAUAGGACUCGACAAGACACUGGGCAAUGCUCAUUCUCUCUGCCUCGACCUCACCAUCAAAUCACAGUCCAGACCCGGACAGCCCUGGUGUGAGGUUCAAGGCUCGGUGGAUACAAAGCCUUUCCUCCACUAUGACGCUGACAGCAAUGAGGUCAAACCUUUGGGUCUCCUGGGGAAGGAAGUAAAUGCCACCAAAGCAUGGACAGAAUUGAGCCAGACACUGGCAGAGGUGGGGCAAGAGCUCAGAAUGAUGCUGCCUGUCUUGAAACCACACAAAAACAAGACCAGGGGUCCUCCCACCCUGCAGGCCAAGCUGUGUUGUCGGCGUGAAGCAGAGCGAUGCACUGGCGCGUCCUGGCAGUUCAGCAUCGACGGACACACAGCCCUCCUGCUUGACGCCAUGAACAUGAAGUGGACAGUCAUUAGUCCUGGAGCCACAGGGAUCGAGGAGUGGGAGAACAACCCGGAACUGGCCGCGUAUUUCAGGAAGACCUCCGUGGGAGACUGUAAUCACUGGUUUCAGGAAUUCCUAGAACACUGGGAGGAAAGGCUGGAGCCGGAGACCACAGCACCAACAUUACAGUCCUCAGAUAAUGAGCAGUCUACAGACCUCCAGUUAAUGUCAUGGGUCAUCCCAUCCAUCUUCGUCAGUUUAGUCCUAAUUAGCAUCACCAUCGGAAACCACAGGAGGUCACGUACCACCCAAGAUGGUUCCAGGACUGAAGAGCAUGUCUCGACUUUUCACAGCCCCUCAGACUCAGAGAAGCACAGAAGGGUGCAGAGCCAGGACCCCCUGACCUGAAGGGAGAAGCAGCACCUGGGACCAACUGCCUGGGGUCCAGGCCCUCCUUCAGGCCCAGCCGCCCUU